CACUUGAUGAUUUGCUGACUUGCCGGCUGACUCUCCAGCGGCGACCUUCCGCCUCCUCCUCGCCGCUCCUCCCUGAUCCCUCGCCCCGAUCCUGCCCCGCUCACCGCCGCUCCAGCCUCCCCACUCGCCUCUAUCUGGCCGGCCGCCUCCUCACCGGAGCUAGCCGGACCAGAUCACCGGGAAGCACCCCGUGGACCGUCUGCGCCCGGCGGAUCCCACCUCUGUCCUCCACCUCGUUACCGCGGCAACCCCCCAGCUCCCUCCCACGCUCGCCACUCCCGGAAUGAGAAACCCUCAGUUAGGCAUUCAUGUGGACCCUGGCACCUCUCCUGGGAGAAAAGUACCGGAGAUUACGACUAGUCCACUCAUGAAUGGUGAAAAGAGUAAGCUCUGGGAUCAGAUUGGAGGACAAAGUUCACUGGCAAGUCCCAUGAGGAGAGAAAUCGGGAACAGAUCUAUGAUGAGGUCCUUCUCUGCUGGUGAGAUUGACUUGGAAGAUUUAAAGACCUCAAAAGAUAAAGAUAGACCUUCAGGAUCCCUUAGGCUCCCAAAAAUUCAGAAUCACUCUCUUCUAUCUGGUCUUGCUUACUGCAUAGCAUCCUGUAGCAUGAUUUUAGUUAAUAAGUUUGUUUUGUCUGGCUAUGGUUUCAAUGCUGGGAUAUCUCUGAUGGUUUACCAGAACAUUGUAUCCGUGAUCAUAGUUUCCACACUGUCCCUCUCUGGUGUUAUCCCAACUGAACCAUUAACGUGGAAGUUAAUCAAAGUUUGGUUGCCUGUGAACAUCAUAUUUGUCGGAAUGCUAAUUACAAGCAUGUUUAGUCUGAAGUACAUCAAUGUUGCAAUGUUGACCAUAUUAAAGAAUGUCGCCAAUGUUCUUACUGCUUCUGGGGAAACCUACUUCUUUAAGAAGCAGCAUGAUAGACAAGUUUGGAUUUCUCUCACGUUGAUGAUAAUUUCAGCCAUUGCUGGAGGAAUAACAGACCUGUCAUUUAACGCAGUUGGCUAUACAUGGCAGAUCAUAAACUGUGUUUUAACAGCGUCAUAUUCGCUUACACUGCGGCAUGUAAUGGACAGUGCUAAGGAAGCCACCAGGUCUGGCAAUUUGAAUGAGCUUUCGAUGGUUUUACUGAAUAACGUUCUAUCACUACCAUUGGGAGUUAUCCUCGUGCUUGGUUUUAAUGAAGUGGAGUACCUGUUGGAAACGCCUCUCCUGAGGAUGCCUAUGUUUUGGCUAGUCAUCACUGCUAGUGGAGUUUUGGGUCUUGCUAUCAGCUUUACUUCGAUGUGGUUUCUUCGUCAGACAAGCGCAACAACAUAUAGUCUUGUAGGUUCCCUGAACAAGAUCCCUCUCUCUAUUUCCGGAAUAAUUCUCUUCAAAGUCCACACAAGCAUGCAGAAUUCCAUCAGCAUUCUGUUCGGCCUACUAGCAGGAGUAUUUUUCGCCAGGGCGAAGUUGCGGGGCAACUCCCAGUCCUAGUUCUUUGUAUUUCCUAGAAGGCAGUGUCACAUUCAUCAUCAGAGAGCAGGUUGCUCCCACAAAUCACAACCUGGGAAAUUUGUGCAGAUGUGAGGUUCUUUCCCAGUUGGCAACGCAAGAGACAACAUCACGUUAGUUAUCCUGAGGCUUCGCCCUUUUCUCUCGAAGCUGUCUUGGGUUGGUGGUGGCAUACAUCUCAUGCUUUCAUGUAAGACACACGGUCAGAUACUGCUGAAAUCCCUGGCACAUACAUCUCAUUCUCUCGAAGCUGUCUUAGUUAUCCAGAUCCCAGUCCAUACAUCUCAUUCUUUCAUGUAAGACACACGGUCAGAUACUGCUGAAAUCCCUGGCACUUGGGGACAUAGAUUACAAGGGUAAAUACAGGUAACUGCAGAUGCUUGUGUAGUUGACUAUUGGGUUGGAGAUCCCCCUCCUGAAACCUCAGCUCGACAGAUUGUUACUGUAUAUUCUUUUGUCCUGGAGAUACGCUGUUAAUCCGGUUUACCCUGAGUCAUGGGAAAUUUUGGUUCAGGA